GGCGGCCUCUACGGUACUGACAAGAUGGCGGCUGGCGGGGCUGUCGCUGCGACGCCCGAGUGCCGGCUUCUGCCCUACGCGCUACACAAGUGGAGCUCCUUCUCCUCCACCUACCUUCCCGAGAACAUUUUAGUGGAUAAGCCGAAUGACCAGUCUUCAAGGUGGUCUUCAGAGAGCAACUACCCUCCCCAGUACUUGAUUCUGAAGCUUGAAAGGCCUGCUAUAGUCCAGAAUAUCACAUUUGGAAAAUAUGAGAAAACUCAUGUCUGCAAUUUGAAGAAAUUUAAAGUCUUUGGUGGAAUGAAUGAAGAAAACAUGACAGAGCUAUUGUCCAGUGGCUUAAAGAAUGAUUAUAACAAAGAAACAUUUACCUUGAAGCAUAAAAUUGAUGAACAGAUGUUUCCUUGUCGAUUCAUUAAAAUAGUUCCACUCUUAUCGUGGGGACCCAGCUUUAACUUUAGCAUCUGGUAUGUUGAACUUAGUGGCAUUGAUGAUCCUGAUGUAGUACAACCCUGUCUCAACUGGUAUAGUAAGUACCGUGAACAGGAAGCUAUUCGCCUUUGCCUAAAACACUUCAGACAACAUAACUAUACAGAGGCCUUUGAAUCACUGCAAAAGAAAACCAAGAUUGCCCUGGAACAUCCCAUGUUAACAGAUCUGCAUGAUAAAUUGGUACUGAAGGGUGAUUUUGAUGCUUGUGAAGAAUUGAUUGAAAAAGCUGUAAAUGAUGGCUUGUUCAAUCAGUAUAUCAGUCAACAGGAAUAUAAGCCACGAUGGAGUCAAAUCAUUCCCAAAAGCACCAAAGGUGAUGGAGAAGAUAACCGACCAGGAAUGAGAGGAGGCCAUCAGAUGGUUAUUGAUGUUCAAACAGAGACUGUUUAUUUGUUUGGUGGCUGGGAUGGAACACAAGAUCUUGCUGACUUCUGGGCGUACAGUGUGAAAGAGAACCAAUGGACAUGUAUCUCUAGAGACACUGAGAAAGAGAAUGGUCCUAGUGCUAGAUCAUGUCAUAAAAUGUGCAUUGACAUUCAACGAAGGCAAAUCUACACACUGGGGCGUUAUUUGGAUUCCUCUGUGAGGAACAGCAAAUCUCUGAAAAGUGAUUUCUAUCGUUAUGACAUUGACACAAACACAUGGAUGUUACUCAGUGAGGAUACUGCUGCUGAUGGAGGACCGAAACUGGUGUUUGAUCAUCAGAUGUGUAUGGACUCAGAAAAACAUAUGAUCUACACCUUUGGUGGUAGAAUUUUGACAUGUAAUGGCAGUGUAGACGACAGCAGAGCCAGUGAACCACAAUUCAGUGGAUUGUUUGCUUUCAACUGUCAGUGUCAAACCUGGAAACUUCUUCGAGAGGACUCCUGUAAUGCUGGGCCUGAGGACAUCCAGUCUCGUAUAGGACACUGCAUGCUAUUCCACUCAAAAAAUCGUUGCUUAUAUGUAUUUGGUGGCCAGCGAUCAAAGACCUAUUUGAAUGAUUUCUUUAGUUAUGAUGUGGAUUCUGAUCACGUAGACAUAAUAUCAGAUGGUACCAAGAAAGACUCUGGAAUGGUUCCAAUGACAGGAUUCACACAGAGAGCAACCAUUGAUCCAGAACUGAAUGAAAUACAUGUCUUAUCUGGACUCAGCAAAGACAAGGAAAAGAGGGAAGAGAAUGUCAGAAAUUCAUUCUGGAUUUAUGACAUUGUAAGGAAUAGUUGGUCUUGCGUCUAUAAGAAUGAUCAAGCUGCAAAGGAUAAUCCAAGUAAAAGUCUUCAGGAGGAAGAACCAUGUCCAAGAUUUGCCCAUCAGCUUGUAUACGAUGAGUUACACAAGGUUCAUUAUUUAUUUGGUGGGAAUCCAGGAAAAUCUUGCUCCCCAAAGAUGAGAUUAGAUGACUUCUGGUCACUGAAAUUGUGUAGGCCUUCAAAAGAUUACUUACUGAGGCAUUGCAAGUACCUCAUAAGAAAACACAGGUUUGAAGAGAAGGCCCAAAUGGAUCCCCUUAGUGCUCUGAAAUAUCUACAAAAUGAUCUUUAUAUAACUGUGGAUCAUUCAGACCCAGAAGAGACAAAAGAGUUUCAGCUCCUAGCUUCAGCUCUGUUUAAAUCUGGUUCAGAUUUCACAGCUCUAGGGUUUUCCGAUGUGGAUCACACCUAUGCUCAAAGAACUCAGCUCUUUGACACCUUAGUAAAUUUCUUUCCUGACAGCAUGACUCCUCCUAAAGGCAACCUGGUGGACCUCAUCACACUGUGACUGAAGAGAGUACCUGGACAGAAAUGGAGCACAGGAGGCUGCUUUCAGUACUCUGGAUUUCAACUCUAUUGACUGACAGUUAGGCUGCAGUGACUGAGGACUGCACCAGAAUUUUGAAGGGAUCUUUGCUGUCACAAAUUUUAACCCUCUUCCUUCACACCUGACCUCAACCCCAUAGUCCUCAUCCCAUUCCGAAAUUAGGCUAAUAAAGUGAAAUCGGUAUACUUUCCAUU